AUGGCUUGGAUUAUUCCUCAACAUCUCCACCGUCCCCGCGCCGCGUUCAUCCUGCUCGCGCUCGUGCUGACAGGUGAAGCGUCCGCGCAGCUUUUCAAUAGUUAUGGAUUAUCGUAUGCCGUGCGACCUGAUCUGGCUGAGGACGCUGUACUGGUGGCCAACAAUGGAAUACGCGUGCCUUUCGGGAGGUCCGUCUUUAUUGAUCCAAUCAACGACCUGGUGAUCCAAGUUCAGCCCGGAGAUAGAUGUGGGAUAACAGUUCUGGACAAUGACCCGCUGUCCCAAAGGCCCGGGCACCUGUCUCCCAAAAAGUUCCCAUGUGAAUUCGGUCCUAACGACGUGAAAUACUCCCACUUCGGCUCUCGGAGCCCAGCCAAGGAUAGAGUGAGGUUACAACUCAGGUACGACACCCAGACGGACACUGUGAUUAUCCCUUUCAUGAUGGAGGUGGAGGUCAUCUUUACUCAGUUGGAAGUGCUGACCAAAAACAUGCCCCUCACGGUGGAGAGGCAUCUCGGCACAAGUAACCCGAUUGACAAGAGAACACUGGAGUUCACCUUCGACCGAGGCACACACCAGUGUAAAAUAGCAUCGCUUUCCACUAGCAGUGCGAUACCCAGAUACGGAAAACUUGUGGAUGAUGGGAACCUGGGAACAAUGUUUGACUGCGAUGAAUUCAUGAAUAUGAACGUCCGUUAUCAGCACACUUUCGCUCUGAAGUCGCCGAACAGAGAUUAUAUCCCAAUGUUCGUGGAACUACAAGAUAAGGAGGGCAAUUUGCUCAAACAGGAAUUUUUUCAAAUAUUAGUGCGGAUUAAGGAGGGGGAGGACAACUCUGCCCCGAAACCCAGCUUCGUAGCCAUGAUGAUGAUGGAAGUGGACCAGUUUGUCAUGACAGCGAUCACAACAGACAUGCUGGCGGCGGAGGACAUUGAGUCAAUCCCGGAUGACUUAAUUUUCAACAUAACCUCCCCUCUAUCGUUCGAGGAAGGAUACAUAGUGAGCACAGACGACAGGAAUUUGCCAAUCACGUCGUUUUACCAGGGAGACCUGAAAGAGUUGAAAAUAGCCUACAAACCCCCCGCCGUGGAUUCUGACACUGAGAAGAUUUUCCAAAUUGUGUUUGAGAUUGUCGACACAGAGGGGGCUGUGUCAGAUCCCUUCGCUUUCAUGAUUGUGGUUAAGCCCAUGAACACAUUGGCCCCUGUGGUGACCAGGAAUAGCGGGCAGCUGCUCUACGAGGGUCAGUCGAGGCCCCUUUCCAGCGCACACAACCUGGAGAUCAGCGACGAGGACAACCUGGAUAAGGUCAGGGUCGAAGCCAUCGCAGGCCUGCGCCACGGAUACCUCAGCGUUUUCGGCUCGGGGAGUAAGUUCUUCACGCCGGCCGACCUGGACGCCGGCGUGGUCACCUACCAACAUGAUGGCAGCGACACGUACAGUGACAACAUCAUCUUCAGGAUGACUGAUGGCAAGAACGAGGUGGAGUUCCUCUUCCCCAUUACGGUGGUGCCCACCGAUGACGAGCCGCCGAUCAUUAACGCCAACACAGGUUUGGUUUUGUUUAAAAACCAGAUCAUGCUCAUCUCCCCUCUCAUGCUCAGCGCCGCUGACAUCGACUCGGAGGAUUCCACCAUUUUAUUCGAGAUAGAACCGCCCUUUUCUGCCAUCGGGCAGGUGAUGCUGCGGCAGGCUGAGGCCCCGGAGGACCCAUCCACCUGGAAGUUCAACGCUGAGGAAGAGCUCUAUGAGAAGGUGGUCACCGAUUGGGUGCAGCAGGACAUCACAGACGGCAAACUCUUCUACAAGCACGUCGGGCCCCACAGCACCGACACCGUCAUGGAUCACUUUGUGUUCAGAGUUCAGGAUGACAACGACCCACCCAACCAGUCGGGUCAGAGCUCAUUCAUCGUCAAGGUUCUCCCUGUCGACGACCUCCCACCUGACAUUUACCCUGGUACGACCCUGCACAUGACCGUCCAUGAGUACCAGCUCACCUUCUUCCGCAAAAAGUUUCUCCGCUACACAGACCUGGACUCGGAAGACCGGGAUCUGAAGUACACCAUUGUCCAGCCGCCGACUGAUACUGAUGAGAACAGCCCUGUAGUGCUGGGAUCAAUAGUAUUGACAGAAAAGCCAGACACUGAAGUCAUUACUUUCACUCAGGCACAGAUUAACCACCAUAAAAUCUCUUACAAGCCACCAUACCUGGAGCUAGGAAUUACAACUCACGUAUUACAGUUUAAGUAUAUUGUGGAAGAUACUUCCGGAAAUCGUGCAGAGGGAUUGUUUACCAUCAUUCUUCAGCCCGUGGAUAACACGCCGCCAGAGAUCACCAACUCCGGCUUCGGUGUCUUUGAGCGUGGCACCCAUGUCAUCACCCGUACGGAGCUGCACACUUCAGACACUGACACUGACAGCAGACAGAUCUCUUUUACGUUGACACAGGCCCCGCUGCAUGGCCACUUCCGGUUCAUGUUCACCGACAUGACCAAAGGGCACACGUUCAAUCUGGAGGACAUCGGACACGGCAGGAUCUCAUACGUCCACAAUGGAGACGAAUUAACUAUUGAUUCAAUACAGAUAGACGUCAGCGACGGAGUGCACGUUGUUCCCAUCACCAUCAAGAUCGGCGUGAAGCCCAUCGACGACGAGACACCGACCAUCACGCUGCCAGCGGGAACGAUUGGCUCGUAUAUGGAUGUCCUAGAGAACGGAGCAACCGAAAUAACCACAAAUGUUAUCCAGGGACGAGACGAGGAUACCGACGACCUCCGGCUGACGUAUAUCGUGGAGGACCCGCCGAUAUUCGGCCAGAUCCUGGUGAAUGGCAGGUGGUCUGACAGGUUCACCCAGGCUGACAUCAUCAGCGGUCUGGUACUAUACGCGCACACCAGUGGCGAGAUCGGCUUCACCACCAAAGAGGACUUCUUCAACCUCACUCUGACCGAUCUGUCUGACGAGUGGACCGUGGGGGGUAACAAAAUCACCGGGGUCCGAGUUCAUGUGACCAUACUUCCCUUGGACAGCCAGGCGCCAGAGGUUUUCGUGGGGCCACAGUACGUGGUCACCGAAGGUGGGAAAAGUGCUGUUGAGAUCAUGCACAUCAGCACCAGUGAUGUGGACACCCCAAAUGACGACCUCCUCUGCACCAUCAUUGUCCAGCCGACGUCCGGCUACGUGGAGAAUAUCUCCCCUGCCCCUGGCUCAGAGAAGUCCCGACUAGGGACAGCCAUCAGCGCUUUCACUAUGAAGGACAUCCGACAGAGUCACAUUUUCUACGUCCAAAGUAUUCACAAGGGCUUGGAGCCGGUUGAGGACAGGUUCACGUUCCGGUGCUCUGACGGCAUCAACUAUUCUGAGAGGCAUUUCUUCCCCAUCUCCAUAAUCCCCUCUAAUGACGAGAGGCCAGAGAUCUACAUGAGAGAGUUUGUGGUGAUGGAGGGGAUGAACAUAGUGAUCGACACCCCAAUACUGAAUGGCGCUGACUCAGAUGAACCGCCAGAUGAACUGAUGUUUAUCAUCACAAGGGGCCCCCAGCAUGGCUACAUACUCAAUCAGCUCACCUCCGGCACAGUCACUGUCACUAACUUCACCUUAGAUCAGAUCAAAGAGGCCUCUAGCAUCGUCUACGAACACGAUGACUCCGAGACAAUGGAAGACAGCUUCGAUGUUGUUCUCACAGACGGAAAGUUCAGCGUGGAGAAGACUGUAAUCAUUAUGAUAAUCCCCAUCGAUGAUGAGACUCCGCGGAUGGCGAUCAAUGAUGGCCUGGAGGUGGAGGUAGGUGACGUGAAUGUGAUAAGCAGUACAAUUCUAAAGGCCACCGAUCUCGACAGCGAAGAUAGCUCUCUGACGUACAUCGUCCGCUACGGGCCCAGUCAGGGCUAUCUGCAGAAGACGCCGGCCGACGGCUCACUACUAAACAUCACUGUCGGCAUGAACUUCACCCAGAACGAAGUGGACCUUGGGUUGAUCGUGUACGUCCACAACGGACAAGAAGGGAUCCGCGACCUCAUCAAGUUUGACGUGACGGACGGCACCAACGCCCUGAUUGACCGGUACUUCUACGUCACCAUCGGAGGCAUCGACAUGGUUUUCCCCGACGUGGUCAACAAAGGCGUGUCACUGAAGGAAGGCGGCAGGGUGUCCCUGACCACCGACCUGCUCAGCACCACCGACCUCAACAGCCCCGACGAACACCUGGUGUUCACCAUCACCCGAGCCCCUGCGAGGGGUCACCUGGAGUGCACGGACACCCCUGGAAUGCCCAUCGCGUCCUUCACUCAGCUACAGCUGGCGGGAAACAAAAUCUACUAUGUCCACACAGCGGAUGACGAGGUGAAGAUGGAUAGCUUUGAGUUUGAGGUGACAGAUGGCUACAACCCGGUGUUCCGCACCUUCCGUAUAUUAAUCACCAACGUGGAUAAUAAACGUCCCGUGGUAACAAUGCACGGCCUCAGCAUGACCGAGGGAGAGAACAAGCUCAUCACACCCUUUGAGCUGACGGUGGAGGACAGGGACACGAUGGAUCACCUGCUGAGGUUCACCGUCACUCAGGUGCCGGUCCACGGCCGCCUGCUGUUCAACAGGACCAGGCCCGUCACCUCCUUCACCAAGCAGGACCUGAACGAGAACAUGAUCACAUACAAGCACGACGGCACGGAGAGCGCCGAAGACAGUUUCUCCUUCACUGUCACGGACGGCACCCACACCGACUUCUACGUGUUCCCCGACACGGUAUACGAGACCCGCAAACCCCAGGUGAUGAGGAUCCGAAUCCUGUCGGUGGACAACGGGGUGCCCCAGAUCUCAGUGAACAAAGGCGCGCCCACACUGAGAGUCCUGGACACGGGUCACCUAGGCUUCCUCAUCACCUCCAAGACCCUGAAGGCCCAGGACCGAGGCAGCCGGCAGGACUCUGUGGUCUUCAGGGUCAGCGUGUUUCCGGAGCACGGCUACCUCAUCAACCUUGGUAGAGGAAACGCCACGGUGUCCAGCUUCACCCAAGCCGAAAUCGACGACAUGAAGAUAUGCUACGUGCUGAAGAACGGAGACAACUCUACGAGUGACACCUUCCACUUCUCCAUCGAGGACAAAGGCGGCAACCAGCUGAGGAACCAGCCGUUCCGUCUCAACUGGUCCUGGAUCUCCCUGGAGACGGAGUUCUACGUGGUUGAUGAGGAGUCUAAAGUGCUGGAGGUGGUUUUGAGGAGGAGGGGCUACCUGGGGGAGACCUCCUUCAUCAGCAUCGGCACCCUGGACGGCACCGCCACCAAGGACAGUGACUUCCGGGGGAAGUCCCAGAAGCAGGUCCAGUUCAACCCCGGUCAGACCACGGCCGUCUGGAGGGUGCGCAUUCUGUCGGACGGCGAGUACGAGGAGUCGGAGCGCUUCCAGAUCGUUCUGUCUGAACCCGUCAUGGCGCUGCUGGAGUUCCCUGAGAAGGCCACGGUGGAGAUCCAAGACCCAGGAGACGAGUCCAGCGUGUUCUUCCCCUCGGCGCUCUACAGCGUCCAGGAGGACGUGGGGGGCCUCCUGGUCCCCGUCCGACGGAGCGGGGACGUCAGCCAGGAACUCCUGGUCGUCUGCUACACCCAGCAAGCGACAGCGACGGGCACUGUCCCCACCUCGGUCCUCUCCUACUCGGACUACAUCUCGCGCCCGGAGGACCACCGCAGCACGCUGCGCUUCGAGCGCGGCGAGGUGGAGAAGGCGUGCCGCGUGGUGGUCAUCGACGACUCGCUGUACGAGGAGGAGGAGAGCUUCAACGUCAGCCUCAGCAUGCCCGUGGGAGGUCGCCUGGCAACCCACUACCCCAGCGCCAGGGUCGCCAUCCUGCCCCACGCAGAGGACGCUCCGGUGUUCUACCUGGGCCACGCCCUCUACCAGGUGGACGAGAGCGACGGCUUCGUGGAGGUACAGGUGUGGCGGACGGGCACCGACCUGUCCAAGGUCGGCUCCGUCACCGUGCGAUCCCGCAAGACCGACCCCGUCUCCGCCGAAGCUGGCGAGGACUAUGUGGGCAUCAGCAGGAGCCUGGACUUCGCUCCCGGGGUCAGCGUGCAGACGGUGAGGGUGGCGGUGCUGGAUGACCUGGGCCAGCCCCGCCUGGAGGGGGCGGAGAGCUUCCAGCUGGUCCUCCGUAUGCCCAUGAACGGUGUCCUGGGAGAUCCCAGCAAGACCACGGUGCUCAUCAACGACUCCGUCUCAGACCUGCCGAAGGUGCAGUUCCGGGACGCGGUGGUCUCGGGGGAGGAGAGCGGGGGCGGGCUCGUGGCGGUGGUGUACCGCAGCGGCGACCUCAGCUACCGUUCCACCGUGCGCUGCUACACGCGCCAGGGCACCGCCCAGGUCAUGAUGGACUUCAACGAGAGGCCUAACACUGACGCCUCCAUCCUCACCUUCCUACCAGGGGAGGUGGAGAAGCCCUGCCUGCUGACGCUGGUGGACGACGCGGAGCACGAGGAGGAGGAGGAGCUCCGGCUGGUGCUGGGGAACCCCCGCAGCGACUCCCCGUUCGGAGCCUCCGUCGGCGCCCGCAACGAGACUCUCGUCAGGAUCCAGGACCAUGCGGACAGGUCCAUCAUCAGAUUCGGGGAGACCAGGUUCAGCGUGCUGGAGCCGGGGGAGGCCGGCCACGUGUCCCUGGUGAGGAUCCCCGUGGUGCGCGUGGGCGACGCCUCCAAGGUGUCCCUGGUGCGCGUGCACACCAAGGACGGGUCGGCCACCGCGGGGGAGGACUACCACCCCAUCUCCGAGGAGCUGGUGUUCAGGGCAGGAGACCAGCAGCAUUACGUGGAGGUGGAGGUCUUGUUCGACGGCGUGAGGGAGAUGAGGGAGGCGUUUACCGUCCACCUGAGGCCUGACGAGAACAUGGUGGCCGAGACUAAGAUGAGCAAAGCCAUCGUCUACAUCGAGGAGGGCACCAGCAUGGCCGACGUCACCUUCCCCGCGCCGCCCUACGUGGUGUCCCUGCUGCUGUACGACGACCCCGAGCUCAGCCGGGACGCGCCCCCCGUCGCCGGGUACCCCGUCAUCUGUGUCACCGCCUGUAACCUCAAGUACGUGGACUUCCACAAGACGGGCUCCAUCUGUGCCAGUGAGAACAUCAACGACACGCUGACGCGCUACCGCUGGCUGGUCAGCGCGCCGGCGGGCCCCGGCGGCGUCACCGGCCCCCUGUGCGAGGUGGACUUCGACACCUUCUUCAGCUCCUCCAAGCGCAUCACCCUGGACUCGGUCUACUUCCAGGCGGGCUCCAGGGUGCAGUGUGCCGCCCGGGCCGUCAACGGGGACGGCGACCUGGGGCUGGAGCUCAGCAGCUCCCCCGUGUCCAUCAGCCUGGAGGAAGGGAUGUGCCAGCCGCGCGUGGUGGGCUCUGUGGGGGCGGAGCCAUUCUCUGCCAAGCUGCGGUACACGGGCGCCAACGACGUGGACCACCCCAACCUCAUCAAGCUCACCGUCAACAUGCCUCACAUCGACGGGAUGCUACCCGUGGUUUCCACCCGGGCACUCUCCAACUUCGAGCUGACCCUCAGCCCGGACGGCACUCGGGUGGGGAACCACCGCUGCUCCAACCUGCUGGACCACCACGAGGUGCAGACCCGCCACGGCUUCCUGACCGACGCCACCCGCAACGCCGAGGUGAUCGGGGAGACCUCGCCGUACCAGUACAGCGCCGCGCUGCGGGGAGCGGGCACGCUGCGCUUCUACCGCAACCUCAACCUGGAGGCGUGUCUGUGGGAGUUCACCAGCUACUACGACAUGUCCGAGCUGCUCAGCGACUGCGGCGGCACCAUCGGCACCGACGGCCAGGUGCUGAACCUGGUCCAGUCCUACGUGACUCUUCGCGUGCCUCUGCACGUGUCCUAUGUCUUCCACUCGCCGGUGGGCGCCGGCGGCUGGCAGCACUUCGACCUGCAGUCAGAGCUCAGACUCACCUUCGUGUACGACACUGCCAUCUUGUGGAAGGACGGCGUAGGGAGCCCGCCAGAGGCUGAACUACAAGGGGCUCUGUACCCAACCAGCAUGCGCAUCAACAGCCAGGGCCUCCUAGUCGUCAACUUCCGCACCGAGGCUCGGUUCAGGGGCCUGUUUGUGCCCUCUCACCCAGCCUCGUUGAUGUCGUCCAUGGUCAUGUGUCCGGACCACCCUGGCUUGUCUUUUAACCUGAGCCUGGUGCGCACGGAGCCCACCUACAGCCAGCCCAUCCAACAGUGGACCUUCGUCUCGGACUUCGCUGUGCGCGACUAUUCCGGGUCAUACACAGUGAAGCUGUUGCCAUGCACAUCCCCCCCCAACGUGGAGUACAGCAUCCCCCCCAGCUGCAACCCCCGGGACCCCGUCACCUUUGACCUGGACAUCCGCUUCCAGCAGGUGAGUGACCCCGUCGCAGCAGAGUUCAGCCUCAACACCCAGCUGCUGCUGCUCUCCAAGAGAGCUCUCUGGCUCUCCGACGGCUCCAUGGGCUUCGGGCAGGAGAGCGACACCGCCUUCUCUCAGGGCGAUGUGAUCUACGGUCGAGUGAUGGUGGACCCGGUACAGAACCUGGGGGACUCCUUCGUCUGCAGCAUAGAGAAGAUCUUCCUCUGCACUGGAGCGGACGGCUACGUUCCAAAAUACAACCCGGACAACUUUGAGUUCGGCUGUCUGGCCGACGCGCCCUCGCUGCUCUACCGCUUCAAGAUCAUCGACAAGGCACAGCCCGAGACCCAGGCCCGCUCCUUCGGGAGUCUGGCCUUCGAGGCCUACCUCGCCGUGGACGACCCGGCGGCGCUGGCCCUGGUCCGACAGCCGGGAUCAGACGGCUUCAGGAUGGCCUCCUCGGCCCUCUUCCAGGUGGCGGCAGGGAGGGAGUGGUUCAUCCACACCAUCUACACCGUCCGCUCCCGGGAGAACGCCAACCGCGGCAUCGGCAAGCGCAGCCUGGAGUACCACUCGGUGAGCCGCCACGGGCCGCCGGGCCGGCCCCGCCCGCGGAGGUCCGCCGCCCAGCACCCCGACCCGGUGGAGGGGAUCGGCACCGAGAACGACCGGGGGACCAACAUCCUGCACAUCGCGCUGGACCGCGGCCCCGGGGCCCGCCAGCGAGGAGGGCCCGGCCCCCGGGAGGACGACGCGGCCCCCGGCGGCGGGGCGGGGGUGGCGCCGCGGGAGCUCAACCAGCGGGAGGAGGAGGGCGACGAACGGCUGGUGCUCGUCAUCGGCGUCGUGGUGGGGCUGCUCCUCGUCGCGCUCGUCGCCGUGGCGACCGCCCUGCUCGUGCGGUCCAGGAAAGACAAGUCGGCCGCGGGCAGGGAGCCCCCGGUGUCGGCCAGCACCGAGCCCAUGGUGGGCGGAGGGGGAGGUGGAGACAGCUCCGAGGUCUGAGGAGAAGGGUAGGGGGGGCGGUGAAACAGCAAACGCUUUUGAGUUACUGUUUAGAAGUUUUGCAAGUGCCUCAAACUGGGUGACGUUGAGGGGCGGUUCGGCCGGUAACGGAUACAAACUGGGGUUCCUUUUUUCUCUCGAGGUUAUGUUUGAUAUUUGUACUUGAAACACGACGCGUCCCUUACCAGGAGGAGAACCGACAAGAGAAUCGGCUGACAGGCUUUCGUCCACCUCUCCGCGAUCAUGAUUAUGUUUUGCUUUCGAUGGCCGUUUUGAUCCAAAAAUGUAUGUUGUGAGUCCAAAGGUGCUACAGAGAAGCCUUUUAUGAUUUCAGCUUUUUUCUUUUUUGUGUCGAACACGUGGAACAAGUAUUUUUGCAAAUGCUAAAGUCGGUAAACUGAAACUGCUGUGUAUGUUUGUGUCACUGAGUCGCGACACUGUAAUGUUUAGCUUUUAAUGUUUCUAAAGUCCUGUUUCCCUGCAUAUGACUUCAUGAUUUCAUAUGUGCCUAAAACAAAUCAUUUGUUAUUGAUUUCAGACAUCCUUUGUGUGUCGCCACUUAUAAUAUAUUUGUACGUUUUAUGUCUUUAUGUCUUACGCAUUUAUUUUGCAUGCAUUUAUUUUUGUAUUCUUCUGUGUGGUUGUACUAUAGAACGGUAUAACAUAUCUCAUCCAUACGUGACAAACCUACUGUACAAUGUUAGAACUACUGUAAACCAAACUCCUCAAUGUGGGCGGGGUUUGAUUUUUCGCAGUGAAUUCCCAUGAUAAACAGUAUUCAUCAGUGGUUCAACUGGUGGUCCAAACACAGCUUGAUUUCAAGGCCCUGAAAAGAAAAUGCGAAAUCCAACCUGCGUCGACUCCGUAGAUUGAAACCCAAAUUUCAAGACAGCUGGUCUGCAGUGUACAGUGUUGCUAUAGUAACUGUUGGACCGUUCAAUACAGCCCGAACCCUGCCAUUACCAUUAUCAUAAUCAUUAAUAUUAUGACAUGAGAGAGAGAAGUUCUGAAGAUUGAACCUUGAAAGAAAUAAUUAUCGAUCCUUUGUACAAUAGGACUGAGUUGGUUGGUUCAUUAUUUUUUUUAUGCCUUAUAACAGUUGAAAGGGAAUAUUAAUUUUUUUAUAUAAUCGUAUAGUUGUAACUUCCUUUCAGAUAUACUUCCUCUUGAUUGUUUUAAUUAUUUAUUUUUUUAUAUUGCCAAUAUCCCCUCCCUAUCCCCCACCCUUUCGUUAUGAACUUCUAGAAAAAGAUAUAGCUAUACAUUUAUAAAUAUACAUCUCAAAGUGAACAUUCUGCGUGCCAUGUUUGCACUGAAAGUGUCCCCUAUAAGAGGGAAUGCCAGGCUUUGUGUUGUGGUUUGGAAUACUUUCAAUAUUCAUAAAAAAAGGGAAACUGAGUUUCCAUUGAUUACCUCAUACCGUGCCGUCCGAUAAACUCUGACUCCGCCGCUUCCUGAAAAGGUCACCUUGAUUUUGAUUUUGUUUUCCAGAGCGAACAAACCUUUCUAUGCAACCUAUGAAAUCAUGUUGUUCCCUUCCAUUGUUGUGCGUGAUUCGUCUGUCCACAAUCUACUGCAUCCACGCGAUGACGCUGUAAGGAUCUCCUGUCCGGUUGUUCUAUCAUGUUCACCGCAGCGAAGAUGGUAGAAUACCUUCUGCCUUUACGCUCAUGAAUGUUUGUACUGUAUAUAUACACAGCCAUGUAAGACUUAUGAAUAUACACCGUUUGGAUGUUUUGGGAAUGGUUCUGUUUCAAUAAAGACUAUGUGCUCUAAGUAUUUCUAAGUUGGACCACAAGCACAAGGUGGUCUACAUAAAUGAAUAAAAACCGAAUGAAUUACA